GCGUAAUCGGAUAGCUCUGCCGCGGCUCUGACAUCCACAUGCUGCUCGGCCUGAAAAGGCAGGGGGGAGCCGGAGGGGAGGCAGAGAAGGCGAGCGAGGCAGCAGCCCGCAGCCUGCCCCCAGCACAUCCUCAGACGCUCAGACACUCGGCGAGGCGCUGGGCGAGGUGGAGGUGAGGGCGGGCGCGAGCGAACUCGGAGAGGGGCUCGCUCACUCCCAGGCGAUCCCCGCCGCCGCCGCACCAGCAGCAGCACCAGCAGCGCCAGCAGCCGCAGCCGCAGCACCAGCAGCUUCCUUCCUCACACUCCCCUGGAGAGGCUGGCCAAGCGGGUGUAGCCGUUGGGGGAGGCUCCCGCUAGGGAAACCCGGCGAGGACAAGAGCGGGGCGGCCGCCUUCCACACGGUCUGUCCGGCCGUGGUGCCUCCGCCCGCGUGUCGGUCCGGGUGCCCGGGGAUGUGUGUCAGUUUACGCCUCUGAGAUCACACAGCUGCCUGGGGCCGUGUGAUGCCCAAGGCAAGUCUUGGCUUUGAUUUUUAUUAUUAUUAUUAUUAUUUUACGUUGGGCUUUCGGGAAAUACUCGUGAUGUUAUAGGAUAAAGGAAAUGACACUUUGAGGAACUGAAGAGAACCUAGAUGCGUUUUGUUUUUGAGAGGAAACCGGUCCCCUCUUCCCGGCUUGCUCCCUCACUGCCGAUUCCAGAAGCUACCCUCCUCCUGGUGAGGUGGGGAUUCCGACGAGAAUAAAGGUGAAGACGGGCCGCCAAGACCCAGGAGAGAAACGCUGACCACUAGAAACCUUGGCAGAAGACACUGCCAGGAAGAAAAUAAAAGAAAAAACACAAAGACUUAUAAUUAAACAAGAAUCUUACCCACCCAGCCCUGGAGAAAGCCUCCUUCUCCAAAAUGGAUUUGUUUCCUCUCACCUGGGUUUUCUUAGCUCUCUACUUUUCAGGACACGAAGUGAGAGGCCAACCAGACCCACCCUGUGGAGGUCGUCUGAAUUCCAAAGAUGCUGGCUACAUCACCUCGCCUGGAUACCCCCAGGAUUAUCCCUCCCACCAGAACUGCGAGUGGAUUGUUUACGCCCCGGAGCCCAACCAGAAGAUUGUCCUCAACUUCAACCCUCAUUUUGAAAUCGAGAAGCAUGAUUGCAAGUAUGACUUCAUUGAGAUUCGGGAUGGGGACAGUGAGUCUGCAGACCUCCUGGGCAAGCACUGUGGGAACAUCGCCCCACCCACCAUCAUCUCCUCUGGCUCCAUGCUCUACAUCAAGUUCACCUCUGACUACGCCCGGCAGGGGGCAGGCUUCUCGCUGCGCUAUGAGAUCUUCAAAACAGGCUCUGAAGAUUGUUCAAAAAACUUCACCAGCCCUAAUGGGACCAUCGAAUCUCCUGGCUUUCCUGAGAAGUACCCACACAACUUGGACUGCACCUUUACCAUCCUGGCCAAACCCAAGAUGGAGAUCAUCCUGCAGUUCCUGACCUUUGACCUGGAGCAUGACCCUUUGCAGGUGGGAGAGGGAGACUGCAAGUAUGACUGGCUGGACAUCUGGGACGGCAUUCCCCACGUUGGCCCCCUGAUUGGCAAGUACUGUGGGACCAAAACACCUUCCGAACUCCGCUCAUCAACGGGGAUCUUAUCCCUGACCUUUCACACGGACAUGGCGGUGGCCAAGGAUGGCUUCUCCGCACGAUACUACCUGGUUCACCAGGAGCCACUAGAGAACUUUCAGUGCAAUGUUCCUCUGGGAAUGGAGUCUGGCCGGAUUGCUAAUGAACAGAUCAGUGCCUCAUCCACCUACUCUGACGGGAGGUGGACCCCUCAACAGAGCCGACUCCACGGUGAUGACAAUGGCUGGACCCCCAACUUGGAUUCCAACAAGGAGUAUCUCCAGGUGGACCUGCGCUUUCUAACGGUGCUCACGGCCAUUGCAACACAGGGAGCAAUUUCCAGGGAAACCCAGAAUGGCUACUAUGUCAAAUCCUACAAGCUGGAGGUCAGCACGAAUGGGGAAGACUGGAUGGUAUACCGGCACGGCAAAAACCACAAGGUAUUCCAAGCCAACAAUGAUGCCACCGAGGUCGUUCUGAACAAACUCCACAUGCCGCUGUUAACGAGGUUCAUCAGGAUCCGUCCACAGACCUGGCACUCGGGCAUCGCGCUCCGCCUGGAGCUCUUCGGCUGUCGGGUCACAGAUGCCCCUUGUUCCAACAUGCUGGGGAUGCUCUCGGGCCUCAUCGCAGACUCCCAAAUCUCCGCCUCCUCCACCCGCGAGUACCUCUGGAGCCCCAGCGCUGCCCGCCUGGUCAGCAGCCGCUCAGGCUGGUUCCCUCGAAUCCCUCAGGCACAGCCAGGUGAGGAGUGGCUUCAGGUGGACCUGGGAGCACCCAAGACAGUGAAAGGCAUCAUCAUCCAGGGAGCCCGUGGAGGAGACAGCAUCACAGCAGUGGAAGCCAGGGCAUUUGUGCGCAAGUUCAAAGUCUCCUACAGCCUAAAUGGCAAGGACUGGGAAUACAUCCAGGACCCCAGAACCCAGCAGCCAAAGCUGUUUGAAGGGAACAUGCACUACGACACCCCCGACAUCCGAAGGUUCGACCCCGUUCCAGCACAGUAUGUGAGGGUGUACCCAGAGAGGUGGUCUCCGGCGGGCAUUGGCAUGCGGCUGGAGGUGCUAGGCUGCGACUGGACAGACUCAAAGCCAACAGUCGAGACUCUAGGACCCACCACGAAGAUCGAAGAGACCACCACCCCUUAUCCCAUUGACGAGGAGGCCACAGAGUGUGGGGAGAACUGCAGCUUUGAGGAUGACAAAGAUUUGCAGCUCCCUUCAGGAUUCAAUUGCAACUUCGAUUUCCCCGAGGAGCCCUGUGGUUGGAUGUAUGACCAUGCCAAGUGGCUCAGAAGCACCUGGACCAGCAGCUCCAGCCCCAGCGACCGGACAUUUCCAGAUGACAGGAAUUUCCUGCGGCUGCAGAGUGACGGCCGGCGAGAGGGUCAGUACGGGCGGCUCAUCAGCCCACCUGUCCACCUGCCCCGGAGCCCCGUGUGCAUGGAAUUCCAGUACCAAGCCACGGGCGGCCGCGGGGUGGCGCUGCAGGUGGUACGCGAAGCCAGCCAGGAGAGCAAGCUCCUGUGGGUCAUCCGCGAGGACCAGGGCGGCGAGUGGAAGCAUGGUCGCAUCAUCUUGCCCAGCUACGACAUGGAGUUUCAGAUUGUGUUCGAGGGGGUAAUAGGGAAAGGACGUUCUGGAGAGAUCGCCAUUGAUGACAUUCGGAUAAGCACUGAUGUCCCACUGGAGAGUUGCAUGGAACCCAUCUCAGCUUUUGCAGGGGGCACCCUCCCGCCAGGGACCGAGCCCACAGUGGACACGGUGCCCGUGCAGCCCAUCCCAGCCUACUGGUAUUACGUAAUGGCCGCCGGGGGCGCCGUGCUGGUGCUGGUCUCCGUCGCGCUGGCCCUGGUGCUCCACUACCACCGGUUCCGCUAUGCGGCCAAGAAGACCGAUCACUCCAUCACCUACAAAACCUCCCACUACACCAACGGGGCCCCUCUGGCGGUGGAGCCCACCCUAACCAUUAAGCUAGAGCAAGACCGCGGCUCGCACUGCUGAGGGCCGAAGCAAGAACAGCACCCAAACAAACAAGAAAGACUGCAAACACGUUGCCUCGAUUUUGCACUUUUUUCUCCUCGCCUAGUCUCUGUGUGAACUCCCAGACCUCCCUCCCUCCCGCUGCCCCCGACCCGACCCGGAGCGCUCCAUCCACCCCUUCCACGCCCCUUGGAUUCUUUUCCUUUGCUUUGGUUUUUCUUGUCUGCCUUUCCUUUUUUUCUUCCUCUCCUUUCUUCUUCUUCUUUUUCCUUUCUUUCUUUCUUUCUUUCUUUCUUUCUUUCUUUCUUUCUUUCUUUUUUUGUUUGUUUGCUUUUUUUUGUUUUGUUUUGGUUUGGUUUGUGAUUCCAAACCAACAAAACCCAACUCUAAUGCUGCAUCUUGGAAUAUAAGAAGAGAUCACCCCUAAGCACUUCACAACUCAAAGCUCAGCUGGUUUUGUUCCAGAGACUGGUUCUCCUGUUUCUCCCCUUGCCUUACCCCAUCCCUCCUCUCGGUGGGCAGGCUGCCAGGAGUCUUGCGGGGAACCUGGCUCUGUGUGUCUGUACAUAGUAUACACUCGCCAUGUGAAUAGCUGUGUGUGGGUAUGUGUGUGGGUGUGAGAGAAUGGUUCUUUGUGGGGGGAGUGUGUGGGGGUGUGUGUGGAGUGCCCCAUUACUCUUGUGUUACUUCUCCCGGGGUGCAUUUUUCAAGAAAAUAAUAUACUGUACAAAUUUUGUUUACUUGGAGAAGAGAUUGAAGCUUUUUGUUGCCUUAUCUAGCUCUGGCUGGGUUUCUGUUGGCUGUCAUUGUCAUCUCCAGGUACCUAGAGAAAUAGAGGCCACAUGGAAUGCAGUGUGGCCCUUCCCAUCCCCAUCCCCAUCCCCAACCCACCUGACCCAAGAGGAAGGUUCCCCCAGUGCACUCAGACAGGAGCCCUUGGCCAUGUCUGCCGGCAUCUUUGAAGUCACGAGUUAACAGCCAUUGAGUGUAUGUGGAACCAUCUCUACUUCCAGCCCUGAAGCAAACCUGGCUCAUGUUGCCUUAUAAAAGAGAAGCUCAUGAUGAAUGUUUAGCCUUUAUCAGUUAAGUCCAAGUGUGGAAUAAGUCAUAAAAAAUAAAUCUGGGACCGAUGUAGGAAAAGCAGUAGUCUGUUCAAAUUCAGAGCAGGAGGAGGGGGAAGAGAGAAGGGAGGAGAAGGAAAGACUGAAAUGUUGUCUUUGUAAAGUGUCCUAGUGGGGCCCUCCGUGAGAUGGGGUCGAGGAAGAAGGUAUUCUUUGGUAUGAUAUUGGUCGUUGUAAUAGCAUUUGUAAAAUAUGGGGGGAAAGGGGGAUCACUUGCUUUCUUUUCAUGGUGUUAAUGUGUGCCUGAAUCUAUAGCCGCUAAAAAAUAAGGCUGUCCACCUGAUUUACUUAAAUAUUAUGAAAGAAUAGAAAGUAAUCAUUUGUUUAAAUGUACCAGCAUGGUACCCCUUAAACCAUUCAUGGCAUCUGGCAAACAUACCCUCCUAGGCUGGCCUGGCAUAUCCAGAUGUUGCUGCAUGGUCAGCGGGGAGGUAGAAUAAAGGUAUAUCCAUUGCUGCCCACUUGUGCCCACUAAGCAACACAAGGAAAGGGAUGUUAGAAAACAGUUGCCUAAUGAUUCUGUAAUGAUGAUGGAUUGAAUAAUGAAGCCAACUUCACUGACAGAAAAUGUGUAUUUGAAGGUUUCCAGUGUACUAGGGCUCAGCCUCAGGGGCAUUUGUUUUUACCUUCCUGCUAGGAAUCCACUAGGGAAGUGUAAAAUUCUCUCCAAAGAUGGUUGCCUGAGCUGCAAGCCUCCAGGUACAGAAAAGAGAGCAAAAUACUAAUGAUUUUUUUUUUUUUUGGUUGCUUGGGAGAAAGCCUUUUAGCAUUCUUACAGAAUAUCCAGAUAGCUCCCUUCAGCAUACACACUCCACUUUCCCCCAUCUGGUUCGUUUCAUCCUCCUGAAAGAACGGUGCUCUCCCCUUCUUAUUCUGUUUCAAAGAGCUACUCUGUCUCAACCACAGCAGCCCUGCCAAGAAAAGCAAGAUGAAAGGCUAGAGCAUGGCUACCUUGAGAUUUCAAAAAAAAAAAAAAAAAAAUGUCCAACCUCAGCUGAAGAUGCAGAAGGAAGCAGGAGCAGGAGGGGUCAGCAGCUCAGGAUGCCUUGGGACAACUAACAAGCCAGUCACUGAGGGCUUAUUAUUACGGGAAUCCACUGCCAGUUGAGUGUUUGGGGCCAGGCAUCCCUCAGAAUAAUGGACCUUCUUUUAGGUGCUCCAUGGGGCAUGGCAGCAAGAAACCACCCCUGGAAAAUCCAGCCUGUGUAAUGACUGGAUGUGUUGCCACCUCCCUUUGAGGAUUCCCCUUCCUUAAAAGAAGAUGGCAACAACUUUGUGAACUUGCUGUCUCUUUUCCCAAUGUCCCACGUGGCAUCAUCUGUGUGUACAUGCCAUAGUUGAGAAUAUGAGGCUGUUCAACUCUUAGGGAAUCUACUUCGGCUGAGGACUGAUAUCUCUCUAUCUAUUUCUUUCUCUCUCUCUCUCUCUCUCUCUCUCUCUCUCUCUCUCUCUCUCUCCACUCUAGCAGCUUUCAUAGUAUUAUCCAGGUACUAUGCUAAAAGGGCAGCUCUUCUGUAAAAUGCCAUGCCUUGCAGAUUUAAAAAGCAAAAUUCUGUUAUUUCAUAGAGGAGGGGAAGAAUCACUCUCUUCUAAGAAAAAUAGACUGGACAGGUGGAUGCAUGCAUGUGUUUGGUGUUGCUUCUCUGAAGAAAAGAGGUGAUAGCAACUAGUAAAAUAUGAAUGAAUGAGUGAGUGAGUGAGUGAGUGAGUGAAAGAGAAAGAGUGAGUGAGGCCAAGGUCUGGCUCAGGCUGGUAAAGCUCUUGCCUUAUUAGAGGUUCCAUGACGACACCUCCAGGAGGGAAGCCCUAUUUCUGGGGUGAAAAGUCCCUUCCUUGGUAUUAUGCUAGCAAUUGCUGUCACCGAAUUGCUGGUGAAGGCAGUAAAAUAAAAAAAAAAUAUAUAUAUAUAUAUAUAUAUAUAUAUAGCAUUGCCAUUGACAAAACAGGAUGCUGAAAAUAAAAUCAACUCAUCUUUUUCCCUUGUCCUACAUUUUUGGGAUUAAAACCAGAAUAGGAAAUCCAGUAAUAUUUCUGAGGUUGAUACCCUAUCUUUAAAAAGACCCAGUCUUUAAAAUGAAACGAACAGGCAAGUAAACACCUAAAAAAUCGAAAAUUACCAAAGAACAACAAUAAAACAAGAAAACCUAAAGAUUUUUACUUCCUAUUCUUAUCCCCCUCCCUCUAACUGUGACAUACCUUGCAUUUGCUCAGUUGCCUGUGUGUCAAAAUAACUUGUGGACGUUGGAAACUAUUUGAAAAUGUAUUGUGUGGAAUGUAAUAAAAUGAUGAUAUUUUUAUA